UUCUCAGUUUUGUCCUUUCAAACAAGUGUGCUGCUUGGAGCCUCACUGGGCUUCUAGAGAUUCAAGUCACAACCUUGGGCUCCAGUCACAAGAGUGCCCCGAGGCUUUGCCAUUUUACUCACAAGCCUCUGGAGUGAGAACAAAUGAGUGCCACUGAAAAACCUGGGGGAAGGGCCUUCUAAACUCCAUUUUUCUCCUUCUUCACCACACAACCACUGAAAUGUGCCCUGGACUUUAUCCACCUUACGCACAACAAAUAUCAGGGGCAGUUUAGGUCUUAGGGCCUGAAAUGAGUUGUAAAAGAAUCAAAAGAUAGUCCUUGGUCUCCACAGCACUGAUGUGGGCCAGUUUUCUUUGCCUGAAGAGAUAGCAACCAUCUCUUUGUUCCCACCCACACCAGUGGCUGUUGUAUAAGAUAAACCCCUCCCUCAGCCCGGCUGUGGCCAGAGGCUAACCCGGACCCUGGCUACGUUUGGAGGGCAGAUAACCGAAACCACAGAAGGCUUUGCAAGCCCAAGAAACAAGAAAUCCGCCAACGGAGAAGGAUUUAUUAUCUGUUUCCUUUUAGGAGGGAGCAAAGUUGUUCUAACAGUUUCCGUUACAGGGGAACCAACUGGUCGCCCCUCCCUAACAGACGGUUUAUUAGAGUUAGCUUCCUUCUUUUCUUUUUUGGCCCCGCUUCCCAGUAGAGAAACGGAGUGAGGGAGGAGAAAGGAGUCCUGGGGGUGCUCUCUGCGGCUUCCUUCACCAUGCUCAUUGGCCACCUCAGGUGGGGCUUGGGUCUGAAGCAGGACAGAGGUCGCUGGAAGGCAGGAGGGGAAAGUCAGGGGGAUCCCCCACUUUCUUCACCCCCAGGACGCAGGGUGCCGCUGCUAGCCACAGAAACCCCAAGAAGGCUUUUCUUUGACUUUUCAGAGAAUGUAUAUUUUGUGCCAGGCCCCGUGCUGAGUCGUCGUUGCCAGACACCAGGGAAAGCACGGCUCAGGCUUCUGCGAAGAGGUCGCGGGGCAGUCCCCAACUACUAGAGCCUUCGCCCACAUCGGGAACUCAAAGGCCAGAGCUUGACUCUGAAAAGAGAAAAGGAAGAAUGCAAGUCUGGUCAAGAGGCAGAGGCUGGUGUCUGAAAGUUCUGAAGGAGCUGUUACUACUUUGCUCAAGAAAUUAAACCUGAGGAAGCUCAAUUCUGGUAGCAACACUCCUGGAUUCCUGGUGGUGAGAUUAUGUGGCCCCUGGAUCCAUCACGGAAAGAGGUGCUUAGGUUUGCGGUCAGCUGCCGUGUCCUGACUCUGAUGCUGCAGGCCCUCUUCAAUGCCAUCAUCCCAGAUCACCAUGCAGAAGCCUUUUCUCCUCCCCGCCUAGCUCCCUCAGGCUCUUUGGACCAGCUUGUGGAAGGUCUUCUGGGUGGCCUCUCUCACUGGGAUGCUGAACACUUCUUGUUCAUUGCUGAGCAUGGAUACCUCUAUGAGCACAACUUUGCCUUCUUCCCUGGCUUCCCCCUGGUCCUGUUGGUGGGAACUGAACUAUUGAGACCCCUAAGGGGGCUCCUGAGCCAGCGAAGUUGCCUGCUUAUUUCAGUAGCAUCACUCAACUCCUUGUUCUCUGUGCUGGCCACGGUUGCACUUCAUGACCUGAGCUGUGUGGUUUUGCGCUGUCCCCGCCAGGCCUUUUAUGCAGCAUUGCUCUUCUGCCUCAGCCCUGCCAAUGUUUUCCUGGUAGCUGGUUACUCAGAAGCUUUGUUUGCCUUCCUGACAUUCAGUGCCAUGGGGCAGCUAGAGCGGGGACGAAGCUGGACUAGUGGGCUCCUCUUUACUCUUGCUACUGGAGUGCGCUCCAAUGGACUGGUCAGUAUUGGCUUCCUCCUGCAUAAUCAGUGUCGAGGCUUUUUCUCUUCUCUUGUGGUGCUGAACCCCCUGAAACAACUCUUGAAGCUGAUGGCUUCUGGGUGCCUGUCAGUUCUCACACUCAGCCUUCCCUUUGCCCUCUUUCAGUAUUAUGCCUACACCCAGUUCUGUCUGCCAGGCUCAGCCCACUCCAUUCCUGAACCCUUGGUGCAGUUAGCUGUGGACAAGGGCUACCGGAUUGCAGAGGGAAAUAAGCCGCCGUGGUGCUCCUGGAAACUUCCUCUAAUAUAUAACUAUAUCCAGGAUGUAUACUGGAAUGUUGGCUUUCUGAGAUACUAUGAACUUAGGCAGGUACCCAAUUUUCUACUGGCUGCACCAAUGGCUAUAUUAGUUGCCUGGGCAACUUGGACAUAUGUGACCACCCACCCUUGGCUCUGCCUCACACUUGGGCUUCAAAGGAACAAGAACAAUAAGGCCCUAGAGAAGCCUGAUCCUGGCUUCCUCAGUCCACGGGUGUUUGUGUACCUGGUUCAUGCUACAGUGCUGCUGCUGUUUGGAGGUCUGUGUAUGCAUGUUCAGGUUCUCACCAGAUUUUUGGGCUCCUCCACUCCUAUUGUGUACUGGUUUCCAGCUCACUUGCUUCAGAAUCAAGAGCCACUGUUGAGAUCCUUAGAGACAGAGCCUUGGAUGCCUCUUGCGGAAGACUUCCCACCAAGACAAAAAAUACCCAGAAAUUCUAUCAUGGAACUUUUGUACAACUGGAAAACCUGCUCUUCAGUCACUCGAUAUAUCCUAGGUUACUUCCUGACUUACUGGCUCCUGGGACUACUCUUACAUUGCAACUUCCUGCCUUGGACAUGACCUGGCGUCUCAAAGGACAGACUAGAAGCCAACUUAAUUCAUCUUCAAAGUUAAAAGACAGACCAGGACCAAGCAUGGUGGCACACCCCUGUAAUCCCAGCAACUCAGGAGACAAAGGCAGGAGGAUCAUAAAUUUAAGUCCAUCCAGAUAACUUGUUGAGACCCUGUUUUAAAAAAUAAAAAUGGCUGGGGAUGUAGCUCAGAGGCAGAGCACCACUGGGUUCAAUCCUUAUUACCAGAAGAAGAUAACACACAGGGACUGCCUGCACUGCCCUGGGAUCAUCCUUGUGGGCAUUAGAACCCCUUUGUUUUUGGAGACUGGUGAGCCUUCAAAGAGCCCUUUCUGGUCCUGGCUGGAGCAAAUUUUAAGAGUAGUAACUAUUUUCACUGUAAGUGGUGAUACCUUACUCAAAUCUAAAGUACACCUGCAUCUGCCUAGUCAACCAACAUAGCAGGAGACAUUCUUAAACCUGCCACUUUAAAUUUAAAUGUAGAUUAUUUAAAUGUGCAUUUCAUCAAAGGCUGUAGCUUACAGUCUGGUGAUAGUCCACACAAGAUGAUGUGGACUGGACAGUGUGGUAGUAAUAGGAAAAUGAGACCUUUUUCUCUAAAUGGGAAGUUUCUGAAGGUGUUUUUUUUAAAAAAAAAAAAAAAACAUUAUGUCAUUUUUGCUAUCAAA